UCGAGGCAGUGUAGCUGCGCGCGGGUCGGAAGUCCAAAUCCGUGAGGACAAAAAAAUACAUCAAAACAAUAAAUAAACACUGUCAAACAUUUGCUAAUAUGGAUCCUUACACAGAAUAUUAAUCUGCGGUUUGAUAAAGCAGCGUUAGGACUGAUCAAUAAGCGCACAUGAGGCGAUUUGGGAGACGCUGAGGGAGAGUUAGCCGUAGCUGCUAACACACGAGACUGAUUUCAAACUCAAAACUGAUGGCAGAUUUCACUGAUUUCAGCGUGAUUUCAACUUUAAACUCCACACUCCAGUGAUUUUAAGGGACAGGCGUGUGCCUGGUGUUAGAAGACAGUGUUUUAGUUCAGUCACUGAAGGGUUUUUGUUCAUUGAGGCCUGCUGCAUGAGGAGUCAGUUAACAGGUUGGAUAGACCAGGUGAAAACACAGUAACACGGAUCAUUCGGAUAAAAUCACCGAUUCUGAGGGACAAACGGUGAAAGAUGUCGGCUCAGGCCCAGAUGAGAGCCAUGCUGGAUCAGCUCAUGGGCACCAGCAGAGAUGGAGACACAAUGAGACAGCGGAUCAAAUUUACAGAUGAGCGUGUUUGCAAGAGUCAUCUGCUGGAAUCCUGUCCAAAUGACAUUCUGUCUGGAACUCGCAUGGAUUUGGGGGAGUGUGUUAAAAUUCAUGAUCUCGCUCUGAGGGCGGACUACGAGAUCGCCGCUAAACAGCAGGAGUAUUUCUUUGAACUGGAUGCCGUAGAGCAUCUGCAGUCUUUCAUCGCAGACUGCGACAGAAGAACAGAACUGGCCAAGAAACGGCUGGCUGAAACGCAGGAAGAGAUCAGCGCUGAGGUCGCUGCAAAGGCAGAGCGUGUGCACGAGCUGAACGAGGAGAUCGGGAAGCUACUGGCGCGUGCGGAGCAGCUGGGUGGCGAGGGGAAUGUUGAGGAGGCUCAACAGGUGCUGGAGAAGGUGGAGAAAACACGCAUCCUAAAGAGAGAGGCAGAGGACAUCUACCGCAACUCUAUGCCCGCCUCCAGCUUCCAGCAGCAGAAGCUGCGCGUAUGUGAGGUUUGCUCCGCCUACCUCGGUCUCCACGACAACGACCGCCGCCUAGCCGACCACUUUGGGGGGAAGUUGCAUCUAGGGUUCAUCGAAAUCCGUGAAAAACUUGAAAAACUGAGGAAAGCCGUGACGGAGAAACAGGAGCGCAUGCGGAUGAAAAGAAGAGAGGAGCGGGACAAAGAAGAGGAGGGAGCAAGGGAGUGGGAGCUGGAGAGAGAGCGCGAGAGAGAAAAGGAGAGGGAGAGAGAGAGAGAACGUGAGCGAGAGAGGGAGAGAGAACGCAGGAGGUCAAGAUCUAGAAGCGGUGACCGCUAUCGGGAAGUAGGGAGCUCAUCGUCUCAUCGCUCUCGUCGACACCGUGAGGAUGGAGAGAGGGAGAGAGAGAGGAAACACAGACACAAAGAUCGCCAUCGCUCUCGCUCUCACUCACACAGGAGCAAAAGGAAGAGGUCCUCACACACCAGAGAUCAAGAGCCUUCUCUGCCUCAGGAGAGAUGGAGGGAGAACGCCCCAGAAGAGAGAUGGAGAGAUAACGGACGGAGGGAGAUGGAGAGAGAGAUAUCCCCCUCCACCCCUGACAUGAGCCAAAUGAGAGAGCGAGAGAGGUCCGUCUCGCUGGAGAGAGAGCAGCGCUCCAGUUCAGAGGAGAGAGAGUCCGGAGAGAUCUAGAACACAAUGAGAGAUACUUUACAUACUGUAGCCACUGUUCCCUGUUCUGUCUCUUACAGCCAACACUGAUCCAUCAAUAACUGAUAUCAGUGACGCAUCACACCAUCAGAAGAGUUUCUGGACUGAUCUGAGCUGUGUGAGAGAGAGCGCGAGUGUGUGUCUUACAUCAGUGGAGGCCGGACGGCUACAGAGCGGAUGCCAGUCACAGUUUUCAGAUUGUGUGUGUAUGAGUGUGUGAGACCAGCAUAAAGUUUAUUUGAGAUACAGAGACGAGACAAAAAUACAAGUUACACAUGUUGAGUAGACAUUUACACACGGAUGUGUAGAAAUCACUCAUAAAUCCAUACGUAUGUAGAUCGUCACAAUUGACGUAAAAUGGCUUUAUGUAUGAUUUAGACACAUUUUGUUCUGCUUUUAUUUUGUGAAUAAGAUCAUUUGGGCCCAGUUCAUUAAACGCCAGCAGAAAGGAUUUGUGCCAUUGAACACAACGUGCCGGUUUAAGUGCGGUUCUCAUGAAUGGUUUAAAGCACUUCUGCUUGUGUUCAGUGAAUUGGUGCCCACCGGAUUGCUCAAGAUGGUCCAAAUUGAUGAGCAACCCAAAAUAAUGACAGGUGAGAGUACAGCAAGCGGAAAGAGUGAAUUUAGAAGUCGUUUAUUUUUGCCGUGAAAGGGAAGUGGACACUUGCCAGAAUAACUAAACCACCGUCGAGAGACAUCUAAUGGCUUUUUAAGCUGGCUCUGUUCAUCUUUCUUUUAGAAUUACAUUUCCUAAAAUUGACUUCUUUUUUUUUAUAUAUGGAUUUUUCUUUCUUCUAAAAUGUUUUUCCCUCUUUCAUUUGAUAUGGAUUAAAGUCGGAGCUGAACUGAGCAGUAAACUGGAUACAAAUGUGAUUUUCCACACCACACAGAAGCUGCACGUCUGUCGCUUGGCUUACAUUAUGAGCAAACUGUCUUUCAUGGUACCAUUAUGUGUGUGUGAAGUUUCUUUCCCCUUUUUAAUCACUCUUUCUUUUUGCUGUGUUGAAGUUGUCUGAACUUAAUCUUGCCUACGCUAUGAAA